AUGUUAAGAGUCGUGUUGCCAGUCAGAACAAUAUCGGACAGGGGAACUACGUUCACCGGAAAAUUCCUAAGGGCACUCUACCAACGCCUCGGAGUGAAACCAUCCUUCUCAUCAGCGUACCACCCGGAGUCAGACGGGCAAACAGAAAGGGUGAACCAGUUCAUCGAGUUUUACCUAAGAUCGUACGUUGCAGCGGACCACUCAGAUUGGGCUUCCUGGCUACCACUAGCGGAAUAUGCCUACAACAACGCCAAGCACUCCGCCACGGGAAAGACACCCUUUGAGUUAGUUUUUGGGCGAAACCCCGUCAUGAACCCGUCCAACAUUCCAGCAAACGUUCCAGAAGCCGACCAAGUGGCAGAUACCCUGGCAAAAGAAUGGAAGGAAGCGGAGGCAGCCCUGAGGAUGAGUAAGGAAAAGAUGUCUGGGAACAAAGGGACGAUACCAGUAUACUCAAUUGGAGAAAAAGUCUGGUUGGAUGGAAAGAACGUAGAACUUAGGACGAAUUCCAACAAAUUAGACCCCAAGCGACUAGGACCCUUUGAGGUAUUAGAGAAGGUAUCCAGUCACGCGUACCGCCUCAAACUACCAGAGACCCUCAAAAUCCAUGACGUAUUUUAUGUGGGAUUGUUAUCCAAGGCUCACGAAUCCCCCAGUCAGCCAUUCCCAGAUAGACCGCCCCCGGAGACAAUAGAAGGGGAGGAGGAAUACGAGGUGGAACAAAUCAUUGACUCCAGGAGACAACGAGGAAAAUGGUUUUACCUAAUCAAAUGGAAGGGUUAUGGCCCCAAAGACAAUUCCUGGGAACCGGAAGAACUCCUAGAAAACAGCCAAGAGGAGAUCCAACGCUUCAACAAGUCGCGACUGAAAAAGGCUCGUGACUCCGCCAAGAGCCUUUAA